AGUUAAGAGAAUCAAUGUUGUUGCAGGCAAAGAAAACAAAACAAAAAAGAAGCAGAGUUUGAGCGCAAAAAUAUCAGCAAGCUAGAGUAUAGCAGCAACGCAAAUGAGCCACAUGUAAAUGCUGUAAGAAAAAAAUAGAACUCUGGGUUUCAUUUCGUUAUAUUGUGAAAUUGAUUUUUUGAAUGGGUGAAUGAAAAACAAGAAAAGAUAAAAAAAUACUUUCGCAAACGUUGAAAAGUUUUUAUGCAAACGGGCGGCAAUGUCGCAUUCAAUAGAAAAAGAAACUCCUAACGAUUACAACAACAAAACAAACACAUGCACGCGCAUAUUCGAAAGAUAUUCAAAAAUAAACUCUCAUACUUUCUCUGAACUAUACUUAACAAAAACAAAAAAAAACCUAUAUAUUUAAUUAAUUAUUAAAUAGAAGUAAUUAAUGACAAACAUAAAAAUCAAUCGGAAACAAUAAACAAAAUAUCAAUAAAACAAAACAAAGAAAAUAUUUUUAUUGAUUUAUUAAGAGCAAAUUAAGUGAACAUUUUUAGAAAUAUGGUAAAAAAUAUACAAUAGUUGAUGAACAUUUACGGUAAUACUUUGGUUUAGUGAAACAAUAGGUGCUGCCAUAUAGUUGGAACUAAUUUAUUAUUUAAAACCAUAUAUUUUCAUUAUUUUAUUAAGCAAAAGCAAUUUUAUGCCCAGUUGGCAGAAUUCAUAUGUGUUACACGUAUAGGAAAAGAAAAAUAUUUAAAAACAAAAGAAACAACUAAAUUCAGUCGCUACAUACACACACACACAACUCCAAUUAAUUUAUUAUAUUCAAACCCUUUUGAAUAGUGAAUGAACAGUUAAUAUUUGAUUAGCUGCUCCCCUUUUAUUUUUCAUCGUUUCUAAGUUUACCACAUACAUACCUACAUAUGUUUUUAUUUAAAAUACAUACAUAGCAAUAUAAAGUGGGCACAGUUUUUUACUAGCAGAUAUUCGCUGUGAAUAGCUGAUGCAACAUAAUUGUAAAAGUGACUGCAAGUGACUGCCGCAAUGCCAUCAAUCAUGAAAAUGUCCUUUAUUUGUGAUAUAAAAACCCAUUUUAUAAUUUCAUUGAUCCGAAUUUAAUCGAAUUCUUGCUUUAUUAUUACUGUGAAGGCUUGGUUACAUCACGUUAGACUUAUUGCAAAUAUCAUAUAACAAAAAAAAAUGAAAAAAUAGUACCGGAAAUUUGAAGCAAAACAAUUGUUAGGGUUAAAUAAAGAAAUAAUAUAUAAUACAUGAAAUAAAAGUGAGUGAAGCAAAAAAUAAUGUUUUAUUUAAGAAUGACGCUUAAGUCGGUAAAAAAGUAAAUGGCUUUACAAUAGUGGCGCCUAAAUGUCAGUAGUGAAUAAUUCCUAGACGGUACCUUUUUUAUGUCAUCUUUGACAUUUGUCGAGUAGACAGAUGUGCAAUUUUAUAUUAGAGCAACGCGUUAAAUUUAUUGAAACUUAUGAAUAUGUUCGAUCUUUAAGAACAACAUAUCGCGAAAUUUGUGAUUUCUUUGGUGGAAAUAAUCCCCGAUUAUUCUUAUUUCUCAGGAAAGCGCAGAAAAGAUGGAACUCCAUUCCUUCAUGUGCUAUUUCGAAAACCCUGUGGCGCCAGUAUACUAUAUAUAUAUGUAUAUACAGGGUGAACGAUAUGAAGUGUUACCAACUUCACACUGCUUGUAUCUGUAAAACAGCUCAUGACAUCAACGUCAAAAUUGUUCUAAUGACAGUUCAAUAUAUUGUUUAUAAGCCAUCAAACGCAUUUGCGUCUCAGUUUUGUUGAAUUUUUUUUUUCUGUGAUGGAGUUCAAACGUAAAAGUGUGAUUGCGUUAUAUUGGGCUGGAAAAUCACAACCAGCCAUUGUUCGGGAGCUCAGUCACCUCAAAGGGAAUAAAAUGUUUAUGUAUCGCACUAUAAAACGUUACAAUGAUACUGGUAGCAUUGCAAAACCCUUUGGAGGUGGACCAAAAAUACCGCAAGAACGCCAGAAAUAGUUCGGAAAGUGAAGGCUCGACUUGAAAGAAAUCCACGUCGAAGUGGAAGAAAAAUGGCCAAAGAACUGAAAAUAUCGCAAGACAGCAUUCGACGCAUAUUGAAAAAUGAGCUCAAGGUCAAGGCUUACAAGUUCCAAAAAGCACACGAUCUUUCACACCAGCAAAACAAAGUUCGGUGCGAAAGAGCAAAGGAGUUGUUGCGCUUUCACGAACGUGGCGAAUUUCCUAACAUUGUGUUUUCUGAUGAAAAAAAUUUCCCAAUUGAGCAGUUCAUAAAUACUCAAAACGAUCGUGUUUAUCUGACCGAACGCUCAUACGAGAAUUUGAGCCUACGUAUGGCUCUCGAAAUAAUUUCCCAUCGCUAGUAAUGGUUUGGGCCCCAGUGACCGCUGAUGGACGUUCUCCAAUCGUUUUUAUCGAGCCUGGUGUCAAAUUGAAUGCGACUUAUUAUCGGGAAAAUGUUUUAGAAGCUGCUUUAGAGCCGUGGAAACGCAAACAUUUCGGUCGUAGACCAUGGACGUUCCAACAGGACUUGGCACCGUCUCAUAAAGCUCGUGUGAACCAAGAAUGGUUAAAAAAUCAUGUUCCACACUUCAUUUCGUCCACACAAUGGCUUUCGAAUUCGCCAGACGCAAAUCCGAUGAACUAUUCCAUCUGGUCCAUUUUGGAGAGCAAGGAGAGGACUAAAAAAUAUGCCAGUAUGGAUGCGCUAAAAAAAGCGAUUAUACGAGAAUGGGUCAAAAUAUGUCAAAAUCACAUUCGUUCAGCAUGCAACUCAUUUUUUUACCGUUUGAAGGCUAUAGUUAAGGCAAAAGGUAGACAUAUCAAGCUGAAGUGAAUAUAUGUUAAAAUUGUAAUCAUUUUUGAACAAUUUUGCCUUUGAAAUCAAUAAAAACUAAUUUCACACAAAAAAGUUAUGGUUUUUUGAAUAGGUAACACUUCAUAUCGUUCACCCUGUAUAAUUGGCGCGUACACCCUUUUUGGGUGUUUGGCCGAGCUCCUCCUCCUAUUUGUGGUGUGCGUCUUGAUGUUGUUACACAAAUGGAGGGACCUACAGUUUUAAGCCGACUCCUAACGGCAGAUAUUUUUUAUGAGGAGCAUUUUCAUGGCAGAAUUACACUCGGAGGUUUGCUAUUGCCUGCCAAGGGGCGACCGCUAUUAGAAAAAUAUUUUUCUUAAUUUUGGUGUUUCACCGAGAUUCGAACCUACGUUCUCUCUGUGAAUUUCGAAUGGUAGUCACGCACCAACCCAUUCGGCUACGGCGGCAGUAUGAUAUACGGAGGACUCAAAAAGGCCCGGGGACUCCAUGCCAUUAAAUUUCCAAAUUUAUAACUGUGUUUACCGGUCAUUAGACGAUCAGCUCACACGCGGAUAAUCUAGGUUUGCCAUUUAACCCCUAUUGCUGUGGGGACCGUUCAGAGAAGGAGACUCUCUGCUAGCCACUUCAUAAGACAUGACCACAACACUGAUCAUAAUCGGAAUUGAUUUUGUAUCAAAUAAAUAAUACCCGCCAACCCGUGCUCGUGCAUACUUUGCUUAGCAAUCACUUGAAUUUUAAUUCAGUUUUCGACUUGAGACCGAGCACAUUUCUGUUUUUGUCGUUCACAAAAUUUCAAAUUUGUCCGCUGUGUUUUUUUGUUUUAAAUAUUAUCAAAAAUUCCCUUUUUUGAGUCAUUAAACAAUCAAAAUUAAAUCGCAUCCGUGUUUUCGUGUAAUCAAAAAAUACCCCAAACCCUUGACCCACCCAUAUCAGUAGAUCUGCAGAUAUAAUAGCAAUUUAAGCGCCAUUACGAUGUGUGACCAGGCUGGUAAUCCAUGCCCGACAACUGGCGGUUGUGCUGGUGAUGCGAUCAUGGCUUGCGAUCAGUACUGCCCGCCCAAGUGUGACCCUUGUCAGGCACCGGUCGAUUUUACGCCGUGUCCGCCAGGCGUCGAUUGUAGCUGUCGCUGUGACUGUGGUGACUAUGCGGGCUGUUGCUAUCAACAGCCGCCUCGAGCCCAACCCAUCCGUCCGAUGUCGUGCAUUAUGCGUUCGACAGCGCCACUGGAGACAGAUACGAUAUAUAAGCGCUCCUACUUUGCCAAUUGCGGCGACUGUUAUCGCGCGAAGCCAAUACGGCCAUGUUCAAACAUAGUGCCGAACCCCGGUCGUAUGGAAUCGUGCACCGUACAAAAGUUAUCAUACUUGCCACCUUGUGCAGGGACUCGCGCGGCACCCAUAAAACCGCCAGACAAUGGGCUGCGCUUUUGUGGUCCACUAUAUGCAAUGACCUCACAGAAGCAUGACUAUGUUCCAAAAGGUUAUAGUAAACGUAACCCCAUACUUCCCAUAAGUGGCAUAUGUAAGCCAUGUGACCCAUUGGAGCGUUGUACCAUCAACCGAUUGUCAUACAUGCCAGUAGAUGUGUGUCGGAAUCCACCACCCAAACCGAUAGUACCGACAUACAACAUACAACGAUCUACUGGACCGAGCGAAAAAUGCACCAUACAAAAGCUAAGUUAUCUACCCGUUUGUCCGUUGCCUAAGGAGCCGAUGCCAUGGGCGGAAAAGGUACGCCUUGCCCCACCACGUUAUGAAAGUCUCUGCACUACCUAUAAUCUCAGUUAUUUACCCAAUUGUUGUACGGCACGUACGGCUCCUGUUGUGCCCAUGCAUAGCAUUAAAACCUUGGGAUCAGAUCGUAACGAUGGUUGUACGGUGUACAAGCUUAGCUACAUGCCAGCGGAUGCACGUUGUUGUAGACCAGAUCCAAUACGUCCCAGUCCAGGUAUAUGCAUGCCUACAGGCCCCUUGGAAAAAUGCACCAUCCAGAAGCUGUCAUACCAACCUAAUUGUUGUGUAGCUCGCACACAACCUAUUCGUCCCAAGGAGAACGGUCUUAAGGCGUGCGGUCCGCUCUAUAAUAUGACCACACAAAAACAUGAUUUUGUACCGAAACCGGUUUGUCGACGUGCACCGAUACGCCCACAAUCGCUUAUAUGCCGCGCCACUGGAAACAUGGAUGCCUGCACUAUCAACAAACUUUCUUACAUGCCAGUCAAUGUAUGUGAAUUCAGGCGUCCAGAGCCUAUUAGGCCUCGACCAGGAGUGUGUCGUGCCGACGGCCCCGUUGAAAAGUGUACUGUUUACAAGCUUAGCUACUUGCCAAAUUGUCCACAACCCCGACAGAUAUUGCCAUGGGCGAAUCAGUCAUCCUAUUGUAAACCGACAGCACCGAUCGAAAAGUGUACCAUACAGAAACUCAGUUACGGACCACCUGGCACAUUUUCACGUUGCGGCGGUUGUUGCAAUACGAACUGCGGACCAUCAGCCCCCAAAGCAGGAAUAUGUAACUGACCGCAAUAAUUUUUAUUUUGUUAAAAAAUGCGUUCAUUUACACUUAUUUUCUCAAAUAGUCUAAUUUUUUUGUGCAUUCUUACUUCAACAUUUCAAAUGUAUGAUUGUUAAAUAGUUUACUAUUUCCGCAAACUAUAACAAUAAACAGUCGGCGGGCCCCGACUCAUACACAAUCAGGACAAUGCCCACAACUGAACCCAAAUAUCAAAUACCACGAAACCCAUACACAACAAAAGACACACGAAAUAUUGUAAUUGCAACUCCAAUAAAGGAAAUAUUACUUGGACAAAGCGAAAAAUUAAAAAAGUUAUAAGCAUAGGCGACAUACGCUUUUUAAAAUGCCCGCAGAAAUAGACAGACUACAUAAACUAUGAUAAAAAUAGUUGCCAUAAUAAUAAAUGUUUCAUAAUUUUA